AGUAACACUGCGAGCUCGUAAGAAGACGUGGCGUCGGUGACGUAACGUAUCGGCGUAGAACCCGGAUGUUGACAGCUAAUAGCUCAUUACAGGCUAAGAACCAAAAGGAAAAGUAGCAGAGCUACAAACAUUAGCCCUGUUUAGCCGGUAAUGAGUCAGAGCACCCAUGAAUACACGGCGUCGCCACGGUCCUAGGAGCAGCGAGGAUGGGGUAUACACUGGGCCUUCACAGACCCAGUACCAGCUGGUCCAGCCACUGGAGUCCUCCCCAGCUGUGGCUGUGCCCCUGCCCACUCCCGUAGACACCAGCAGCAUGUCCUGCAGAGACCGCACCAGCGAGUUUCAAUCCGUGUGCAAAUCCCUGCAGGGGAGGCAGAAUGGAGCUCACACCAUUAGACCAGUUAACAGUGCAGUCAGACAGCGCAGUGACUUCACUCUUGUGGCAAAGCAGAUAGGCAGGGACCUUAGCAACACCUUUGCCAAGCUGGAAAAACUCACAAUACUUGCCAAAAGAAAAUCCCUCUUUGACGACAAAGCUGCCGAGAUCGAUGAGUUGACAUAUAUUGUGAAACAGGACAUUAACAACCUAAAUAAACAGAUAGCCCAGCUGCAGGAGCUGGUCCGCUCUAAGAAUAGUCAAAACAGUAGACAUCUCCAAACACAUUCCAAUACCAUUGUUGUUUCAUUACAGUCAAAGUUGGCAUCCAUGUCAAGUGAUUUUAAGUCAGUCCUGGAAGUCAGAACAGAGAACCUGAAACAGCAGAAGAGCAGACAAGAGCAGUUUUCCCAGUCUUCAGCCUCCACAUCUUCAUUCCAGGAUAGCAGCUUUAAUAACUCAGUAUUGAUGCAAGAUAGUUCUGGAAAAGCGGAUAUCUCCAUAAACAUGGACCUGCACUCCAGCCAGCAGAUGCAGCUCAUCAAUAAGAAGGACUCAUUUAUUCAGGACAGAGCAAACACUAUGCAGAACAUAGAGACUACAAUCGUGGAACUGGGAUCUAUAUUUCAGCAGCUGGCUCACAUGGUUAAAGAACAGGAAGAGACUGUUCACAGGAUUGAUGCUAAUGUUGAGGACACUCAGCUCAAUGUCGACCUUGCACACAGUGAAAUACUCAAGUACUUUCAGUCUGUCUCCAACAACCGCUGGUUGCUCAUCAAAAUCUUCCUCAUCCUCAUCAUUUUCUUCUUUAUUUUUGUGGUUUUCUUGUCCUGAGAGCAAUGGACACCUGGUUGUAUUUAGUCCUGAGAGAUGUUAUUGAGAGGAAGCCAUUUCUGACAGGAGUGAAUAAGUGGGGGUGUUUAAAAUGUGAAAUAGUAUAAAGAGUGUGUGUACACACUCUUUCUCGACCUCCUGCUCCCUUUAUUCUUCACUUACGCUGACUGGAUAUAAGUCUGCAAAUACAAAUACUUUUAUUACAUGAAAACAAAUUAUCAGUUUAUAAAAGAAGCCUUUGGAGCAUGAGCAGUGUUAUUUGGUGCCAGUGCUACUAUAACAUGGUAAUGCUGGAUAGAUCCUAUUUUUAUGGCCAAAAUGAGUUGAGUGUUAGGUUUGCUUAGGUUAGUUUUUGUAUUAUUAAAAAAAGACAUUAAUAUUAUCCUUGAUUUAUUCUGCCUAGAUACCCAAAUACAGGUGUGCAGAUAGCUUGUAUAGCUCAUCAUCAACUUGCAGGAGGCAUUUGAUUAUACACUGGCCAGUAACUGCCUUUUCUCUCUUCGCUCAGGCUUGAAAACAUUGUUUAGUAUUUGUGUACAAAAUUAAUCUGUUUAAGCUAAUAUUCCUGUCCUACUUUUUAAUAGGAAUGCACCAAAAUUAUUUUUUUUUUCCAAAAUAAAACUUUUGACCGAAGGCUGAAAACCUACUGCAGAAUCCCAAAAGGGAUAUAAACCAGAGAAGCAUUUAGUAACAAACUGUAAAUGCACACUGCUAACAUCUAAUCCGGAUACAGUCCAGAUACGAGUCCCAUGAAGAAGUGUAAACAUGGUCUAGGUGUUUGGUCAGUGAUCGUGGUGGCUGCCCAAGUGCCAUUUUAUUUGUCAUACUGUAUUAUCAUGAAUCCAGUGUCAGAGAAAUAAUAAAUAUUGAAUGAUUUUAUUCUUAAUGGAACUAAACCUAAUUUAUUGCAGAUUUGUGUGAAUUUGUUUAAAUGUUUAGAAAAGCAGUGAAUGUCGACUCUCUGUUUACUCCAACAUUCCCCUCCAUAGAAUUAAGCUUUACUAUGAACUGGAAGGAGUGACCCCUUUACAGCAGUGACAGUUAAGGUUAAUGGAGCUGCAUUUAGCUUUAAUUUCUCACACAUUUGCAUUUCCUUUAGCUUGUUAGCCUGUUAGUCUUCAUUUGUAAGCUUAUACAUGUCUUUUAUUUUCUGUUGCAGUUUAUCAAUCACUCAGUUCUGUUCCAAAAAGCCAGUACAUGUCCUGUAUGCUUUUCAGGUGUAUUAUAUUUGAUAAUUGUCUUACAUAUUAAUGAGGGAACUGAAUCUUUCUGUAAUAUGUGACUGUAGCUACAGAUAUUAUCUAAAUGUAAAACACUCUUAAGUGUUCAAUGUUUGUACAGAUAUCAGAGUCUACAAUUAAAAACAGAUUCUCACA